UUCUGGUUCUUCUUCUCUUUCCUCUCAUCCUCUCCUUCUUCUCCUCUCCUUCUCCUCCGGUCUUUCUUCUCUCCUUCUCCUCCUGUCCUUCUCCUCCUCCUCCUCUUCCUCCUUCUCCUCAGGUUCGGUCUGCAGGAUGGUGGUGUCACUCCUAUCUGUCCUCCUCUCCUCCGUCCUCCUCCUGGUCCCUCUCCUCCUCUCCUUCUCCUCCUUACCUUCUCCUCUUCUCCUCCUCCUCUCCUCCCUCCUCCUCUUCGUCCCUCUCCUGGUCCAGUCCUUCUGUCCUUACCUGUGGAUGGACCUCCUCUACUGCUUGGACCUGCUGCAGAUUCUGGUUCGGUUCUUGUGGAGGCGGAACCGCAGACCGCCCUUCCUGGUGUUGGACCGGUUCUUGGAGCAGACCCAGGCCCAUCCGGACCAGGUGUUCCUGGUGUUUGACACACACACCUUCACCUACAGGGACGCAGACCGCACGAGUAACAGAGUGGCCCACGCCUUACGCUCCGAACCCGGGUUCCGAACCGGGGCAACCGUGGCUCUGCUGAUGGGGAACGAACCCGCCUUCAUGUUCACGUGGCUGGCUCUAGCCAAACUGGGCUGUCCGGUGGCUCUGCUCAACCAGCACAUCCGAACCCGCUCUCUCCUGCACUGCUUCAACUGCAGCAGGGCCACGGUUCUGCUGGCCUCCGUAGAGCUGAGAGAAGCUGUGGAGGAGGUGUGGCCUACACUGUCACAGCAGGGUGUCACCGUGCUCCUCAUGGGGGGGUCACAGCAGGGUGUCACCAUCCUCCCCCUGCGGGGGGUCCACAGCACAUGGGAUAAAGUGGACCAGGCUCCAGACACUCCAGUGCCUCGAUCACUGAGAUCACAUAUGACAUUCAACAGUCCUGCAGUGUACAUCUACACCUCUGGAACCACAGGUCUUCCAAAGGCAGCUGUGGUCACUCAGAACCGUCUACUAACGGCUCUGGCUGUUUUGUCUUCAAACGGUGUAUCUGCCAGAGACGUCCUUUACCUGAACUUACCCCUGUACCACACAGCCGGGUUCAUUAUCGGCUUCAUUGGCUCCAUUGAGACAGGGUCGACCAUCGUCCUGAAGAGGAAGUUCUCUGCCUCUCAGUUCUGGGAUGACUGUCGCAAACACAGAGUGACUGUGAUUCAGUACAUCGGAGAAGUGAUGAGGUACCUGUGCAGCACACCCAAGAGACACGAUGACCAGGACCACAGCGUACGCUUGGCCAUUGGAAACGGAAUCAGAGCCGAGGUUUGGAGGGAGUUCCUCCAACGCUUUGGAAACAUUCACAUCCGAGAGUUUUACGCCUCCACGGAAGGAAACAUUGGCUUCGUCAACUAUGCCGGCAAAAUCGGAGCCAUUGGACGAGUCAACUUCCUGCAUUUGAAACUGUUUCCUUUUACUCUCAUCAAAUAUGACACUGAGCGAGAUGAACCUGUUCGAGACAAGAACGGCCUCUGUGUGGAGUCCAAGAAAGGUGAGACUGGACUUCUGGUGUCCAUGAUCACAGACAUCGCUCCGUUUGUCGGUUACACCCAAAACGAAGAGCAGACAGAGAGAAAAAGGCUGCGCGACGUCCUGAAGAAGGGAGACAUGUACUUCAACAGUGGAGAUCUGAUGAGGCUGGACCAGGACAACUUCAUCUACUUUCAGGACCGAGUAGGAGACACCUUCAGGUGGAAAGGUGAGAAUGUGGCUACGACAGAGGUGUCGGACAUCCUGACCAUGAACAAGUGUCUGAAAGAAGCCAGUGUUUACGGCGUCCAGGUGCCAGGUCAUGAGGGCAGAAUUGGGAUGGCAGCUGUCACUUUAACAGAUGGGGUUGAGUUUGAUGGGGUUCACCUUUAUGACCAUGUGGUCCGUUACUUACCAUCAUAUGCGCGGCCGUACUUUAUCAGGAUCCAGGACACAGUGGCGGUCACAGGGACGUUUAAGCAGAUGAAGGUGAAGUUAGUGGAGGAAGGUUUUGAUCCGGCUCGGAUCCAGGAGCCCGUCUACGUCCUGGACCACACUGAGAACAGCUACGUCCGUCUGAGCCACCACGUCUACAGCUGCAUCACAUCAGGACACAUUCGCCUGUGACCAGGGAGUGUGGUCACCACCUGAACACACACGCCUGUUUUAGAACAUACUGGGGUCCAGAGCAGAGGUUGCAGUAGACAUUUUUUGUCCGUCAUUUUGACGGACAGAGUCGUAAAAAUUCCGUCAUAACAUAUUAUUAUGCGUCAUUUCAAAUUUUUAUUUUUUAAUGAUGAGAUAUAUUUAGU